UGUCCCCCCUCUUUUUCAGAAAAAAGACUAGCAAGGAGACAACCAGUUGGCAAGUUCAGUCCAGGGGAGUCCAGCGUGAUGUGCAGAAGACCGGCGGAGAGGAGCUCAUGCCCAGUGCUGAGUGACCACGUCCACGUACCCUUCGUCCCCAGGCCUGGCAGAGAGGCCCCAUUCAGGUUCAAAACAAUCAGGGACCACGUGGUGUGUAUGUCAACGUGAACCUGGGAAGACUGAGCUGUGACGGGGCUGCUUCUCGGAAUGAGCGGGCACAUGUUUUUGUCUGGAGAUUUAAAGCUCCCAGGAGGCAACAUGAUAUCCAGAUUCUUCUCAGAAUAGGAUGGGGGGAAUUCUGAAGUCCUCAUUCAUCCCCUGUGUGUCUCAAGCUUUGGAAGGAGCCAGAAUGCCAAUGGGAAGACUCCCCAAGCAUUGCCUACCUUGGGGUGAUGCCCCGACAUAUUCAGCAAGUGUCCAGGGGUCUUGGCUUUUUGCUGGGCAAAGUUCCAGAACAGUGAGACAUCUUGGGAUUCAUCUGGUUUAAGAAAGACCUUUAACUCCCCACUGUUGGUCUCCUCGGUGCUCUUUAAAUAGUUAACUCUUGAGAUCUUUUCACUGUGUUCUCUUGGGCGGAACGGCUUGCAACCGUGUGGAACAGAAGGAUGACCUUGUUCUGUGGGCAGGACAACUGUGAAAGGAGCUGUGUGUGUGUGAGUCUGUGGGAAGAAAGAAACACCUAGAAUGUCCCUGCCAAACCAGUCCAUGGAAGGCCUUUUCCCAGAGGCCCCCAACAGAUCCCUGAAUGCUAUAGAAACUCCAGAGACUUGGGAUCCAGGAACCCUCCAGGCCCUCAAGAUUUCUCUUGCUGUGGUCCUUUCCAUCAUCACACUGGCCACAGUCCUCUCCAACGCCUUCGUGCUCACCACCAUCUUCCUCACCAGGAAGCUCCACACCCCUGCCAACUAUCUCAUUGGCUCUCUGGCCACCACCGACCUCCUAGUUUCCAUCUUGGUCAUGCCCGUCAGCAUCGCAUACACGACCACGCGCACCUGGAGCUUUGGCCAAAUCCUGUGUGACAUCUGGCUGUCCUCUGACAUCACGUGCUGCACGGCCUCCAUCCUGCAUCUCUGUGUCAUUGCUCUGGACAGGUACUGGGCAAUCACCGAUGCCCUGGAGUACAGUAAGCGCCGGACUGCGGGCCACGCGGCCGCCAUGAUCGCCAUCGUCUGGGCCAUCUCCAUCUGCAUCUCCAUCCCGCCGCUCUUCUGGCGGCAGGCAAAAGCGCACGAGGAGCUGUCUGCCUGCCUGGUGAACACAUCUCAGAUCUCCUACACCAUCUACUCCACGUGCGGGGCCUUCUACAUCCCUUCUGUGUUGCUCAUCAUCCUCUACGGACGCAUCUACAUGGCCGCCCGGAACCGCAUCCUGAAUCCGCCCUCACUCUGCGGAAAGCGCUUCACCACUGCCCAUCUCAUCACAGGCUCCGCGGGGUCCUCGCUCUGCUCCCUCAACCCCAGCCUUCAUGAGGGCCACUCACAUUCAGCUGGCUCCCCCAUCUUUUUCAACCAUGUGAAAAUCAAGCUGGCUGACAGCAUCCUGGAGCGCAAGCGGAUCUCCGCUGCCCGAGAGAGGAAAGCCACUAAGACCCUGGGCAUCAUCCUGGGGGCCUUUAUCAUCUGCUGGCUGCCCUUCUUUGUGGCAUCGCUGGUCCUCCCCAUCUGCCGGGACUCCUGCUGGAUCCACCCAGCCCUCUUUGACUUUUUCACCUGGCUAGGCUAUUUAAACUCCCUCAUCAAUCCCAUCAUCUACACCGUGUUUAACGAAGAGUUCCGGCAGGCGUUUCAGAAAGUUGUCCAUUCCCACAAAGCCGCCUAAGUCUCAUUUGGUGGUGGCUCUUGUUAUGGUUUGUCUCCUGUCUUCUUUAUUUUUCCUGAAUGUUGGGUUCAUCCUGAUACCUUGGGUUUGGAUUCAAUUAAUUGAAUUGGCCAGCGUUCUUUUUCCUGUUAUCUUCUUGAUUUCUGGGACACCAAAAGCUGGGCAGUUGUAUGAAAGGGGACAAGACUGAAGAUUUCACUAAGUGUGAUCGUGUGCCAGUUCAUCCAUGUUGGAGGAAACGUGACCCACAGGAUACCCCAUGGAAGCAAUUCGGGCGGGAGCCCUCUGAAGCUAUAGCAAGAUGAGGCCCAAAGGGGAGGCUUUCUGGUCUGCCUAACUUUCGUGUGGCGCUCGUAGGAGGGCAGGUGAAAUUAAUGACCUAAGUUGAAGAGCAUUUGGAGUCAGAGUGGAGUGACCUCCAUUCCCUGUGGCACCUCAGAAAUAACACCUGGAUUUCGUUCACUGAGUCCUCCUUAGGUUGAAUCUUUCCCAGUCGUUCAUGGGGAGAUAUUCAGUAUUUGCAGUGCCAGUGAUAUAAAGUGGUGGAGAUGCCAGCGACAGCCACUACAUCAACUACCCUGUGCCCUUCGUCCUUCCCCACUAUCUCCGCACCGUCUCAAUGUUCACAUUUUCACCCCCACUGAAGGCUUUGGACUCACAGAGGGUUGGUUUUUUUUUUCCCAGAAUUAUUUUCUUACGUCCCCUUUUCAUUAGAGAUCUUACAAUGUUGGGUCUUGCCAAAUAAAAAGCAUGAGA